AGAGGAGUCAACACUCUGGGGCUGCGGCGGAGUGCCUUGUUGUCGCUGCUGCUGCUGCUGCUGCUGUGCCAUGGAGGAGAGCCUGGUGCGCGCCUUCGGGGGCUUGAGCCUCCAGCAGAGAAGGGGCCCCAACAGGGGGGCCCCUCGCCGCCGCCCCCGCUUCAACAAGAGCCUCUACCUUCUCCGAGGCCUCCCCGGGUCUGGGAAAAGCACCUUGGCCAGGCAACUGAAACAUGAAUUUCCAAGUGCAGUCAUUUUUAGCACGGAUGACUACUUCUUCACAGAGGAUGGGACCUAUGAGUUUGAUUCUUAUGCUCUAGAAGAUGCACAUAAAUGGAACCAGAAGAGAGCUCGUAAAGCAAUGAAGAAUGGGAAAUCCCCAGUCAUUAUUGAUAAUACCAACAUCCACGCUUGGGAAAUGAAGCCAUAUGUGAUAAUGGCACGUGAAAACAACUAUGAAGUUAUCUUUCGAGAACCAGAUACACGCUGGAAAUUCAAUGUUCGGGAACUAGUCAGACGGAAUAGUCAUGGCGUUCCACGAGAGACGAUACAACGCAUGAAAGAACAGUAUGAACAUGAUGUCACGUUUCAUAUUGCCCUUCAUUCUGAAGAACCAGCCCGACAUUUCACUGGGUCCUAUGGCACAAACAGUGGCAGAGGCUGCUCCCAGCUAAAUUCAACAUUCCCAAACCAAAGAGCUAAUAAUGGAAGAUCAUUUAACAGAAGUAAUGAUUUCUACAGGGUCUUUCAGAGUUUUUAUUGAAUUGUUUUAAGUUUUUUAAAAAAUUUUUUUUUCAAUUUUAAACUUUCAAUAUUUGUAUUUUUCUACUGAACUAGACCAGAUUUUCAAAUCAUUCCAUUUUAAAUUUUGGAUUCUUGAAAAGGCACACAUUGAUAGCCAUCUGCUUUGUACUCAGAAUUUCUGAUAAGAAGCAGAAAUGCUGUAUCGGGUAAUAUUAAUAUUCUAACAAUGAUCUUAGUUUAACAUGACAAUUAAAAGUCAAAGAGCAAUUCUUCUCCUGCUCACUAAGAGCACGUCCCAUUGAUGCUUAGAUAAGUGUUUUUAGGAUUCAAACCUAUCCCUCCCGAUUUUCAUUAAUACUCUUUUCUUCCCAGUGGUGGUACUUAUUGUGAAACAUUUUUGAGGUAUAAUAGCCUGUUUGUUGAAAUUAGUCGUAUUGAGGAAAGUCAGAAGUUAACCCUAUUCAUAUGAAUGGGAACUGCGGGCACUUCAGUCUGGAUUCAUCCCACUGUAACACCAAGAUUUUUAUGUGCUUUUUAUAUUAUCGGGGGUCCUUCCACACAGCCAUUUAACCCAGAAUAUCAAGGCAGGAAAUCCCACAUUAUCUGCUUUGAAUAUAUGGCAGUGUGGACUCAGAUAACCCAGUUCAAAGCAGAUAUUGUGGGAUUUCCUGCCUUGAUAUUCUGGGUUAUAUGGUUGUGUGGAAGGGCUGUUAUCCCUUCCUGGGAGCAAUGUCUGUCUACAUUUCUUAUUUUGUUUACUUUUCUUUCAUAGGCCCAAAUCCUUCUGUUAAUUACUAAAUAGAAUGCAAGCCAUAGUAUUGUGUGUUCUUUAGAGUUCUUUUGCUUUUCAGUUUGCCAUCUGCUUUCUCUGCUAUGAUACACAUUUUCGUUCUUGCCAACACUAGUUGUCAUUAUCUGGACUAUUUCUUUUACCUGAGAGAUGAUUCCUUCUUAACCCACCCCUUUCCCUGCUCGUUUGCAACCAUUUUAACUACUCAGGGCAAGUGCAUCAACACAUUGUGUAGCCUUUUCUCCCUUGAACAAACAAGGUAUACCUCUCAAGUGUAGUAGCAUAUAUUAAAGGUAAAUAGGUAAAAGAAGCCAGUGCAAAUGUUAAAAAUCAGGGAUUAAAAAAAAUAGUGUAACUGAACUUGUUAGACCUGCUAUGUGCCUUCUUGUUGUGUUUUUCUCUUGUGUCUUUGACUGCUUUAUUAUUCACACAAACCAAAAUUGCUGCCUUAUAUCCUUGCUUAGUCGUUGCCUUCAUGUCAGAGAUUAGUACUCUUGCAAUCCUUUUAAUGUUGGACCAAAGUUCCCAUCAUCCCUCAUCCUGGACAAGGACUGCGAGUCAUGGCAUCAUCAUCUGGAGGGUCACAAAUUCAUAACUGCCAACUUUUGAAUUCUGCUAGGAACUUGUUUGAAUCAAUGUGAAACUAGUUCUUAUUUUAAUUUUAAAGGGGAAGUCUAGAAUAGUGAAAUUAUUCAUAUCCAUCCAGUCCCUAAAUACUGUGACUUCAGAUAUCUAAUACUGUGACUUCAGAUAUCUUAAUAUGCUUAGUUGUCUUUUAGUUCAUAUGACAGCCUGAAAAAUCUAUCUGCAUUCCUCUAGGAAGAGAACUAUUUCAUAUAUUGCCAAAAUAAUGUGUUUGUGGUAUUUUUAACUGUGUUCUGAACUGCAUUUUUAUUGAACUAAUUGUGGUUUUUGUGCAAAAGCUGAAAACAAAUGAAAUUGUCUGACUCCUGAACUGUGCAGAGGACUUUUCAAAUAAAUCGCCAUAAAACAUUAAAAAGGUACUGAUUUGUAGUUAGAGACUCUUGCCCCCAGUGAAGCUUACAGGAUACGGGACUGUAAUUUAUUAAGAAUGCCCAAGGAGUUGUACACAAUUAUGAAAUACUCCUUUCUUCAACUAUAUUAUCAGAUUGCAAUCAUUGCUCAUGGUAUAAGAUGACUUGUCAUAUUAUGCAGAGGUUGUUUGAAAAAAAUAAGACACUAUGCUGGGUGAACUGUAAGCAUUGUAGCUUGACCUCUAGUUCACAGAACUAAUUACUUGUAAAGUCAGAUGUAAAUCGGAGUAACAAACAGUAAAAUUAAGAUGAAUGUUUGCAAA